AUGAGUGAAGCUCAAGUAAAUCCAGAAAUAGAUAACUAAUCUGUUGCUUCAGAUGAUAGCAACAAUGAAGAUGUUGAUGUAUUUGGUCAUGAUGAAGAAAUGUAAUGAAAUCUCAUAAAUUCAGUGAUAAGUUUCCUCUAUUAACAAGUAUCUUAGAUAGUAGUUGGUUUCAAAUAUUAGUAAAUCUAUUAACUAUCUAUGCUCUAUUUGGUGAUGAUAUUAGAAUUAUUGCCUUUGAUAAAAGAGCUGAUGAUGGAUUUGAUGUAAUUACUAUAAUAUGCAUGGUAAAAUCAUCAAAUAUAGUAGAUAAUAUUUUCAAUAGAAAUUAUCAUUGCAAGCUUAGUUAGAACUGACUAUUUUAAUUCAUUCUUUUUUUGGCUUGAUAUAAUAUCAACAGUUUCUUAAAUUUUGGAUAUAACCUCGUUUAAUAUUGCAGUGGGUUUAUAGUAACUAAUUUUAAGCUUAAAUAUAUUUUAGAGGUUCUGUUGCUGCAAAAUCCGCUUCUUAAUUGUCCUAAGCAAAUAAAGCUUCUAAAACUAGUUCAAAAGCAAUUAGAGUUGUUCGUCUUGUUAGAUUAAUUAGAAUAGUUAAAUUAUAUAAGGCAGCAAGUUAUUCAUAAGAAUAAGCAUUUAAAAGAUAACCACUUAGAACAUCGACUGUUAAAAAAAGCAGAGCAACUGUUUAUCCUUCUGUCUAUGAAAAUAUUAAUAAUGCACCUAUUGAAUAAGAGAAUCUAAAUAAAAAAGAGAAUAAUACAGAAUAAAGGGGUAGUAUUGAGAGUCAUAAAUUAGAAGGAGAAGAUAAUGCUAAUAGUUAAGAAAAUAGAGAAAAUUAAAAUAUGGUUGUAAAAUAAUAAUAAAAUGACAAUUCAAUUCCAAAAGUUUAGUAAGUUCGUAGACAAUCUAUGAAAGAAUAAUCAUAAGUCAAAACAAAAGAUAAAAAAGAAUCAAGAGUCAGUAAAAGAUUAUCAGAUUCUACAACAAAGAAGGUUAUAAUCCUUGUUAUUUUAUUGCUUUUAAUAAUGCCUUUAUUUAGUUCUGAUUAUUAUUUUGAACCAUCUUAUAGUUUAGCUUAUGCAGCUGAAUAUGUUAGAGUAGUGGCUGAAAUUCCAAAUACAAAAUUAAGUGAAAUUAAUUAAACAAUUAAUUUUGUGAUAGAUUAACAUAAAUCAUUUGAUACACCUGUAGGAUAUAUUACUAAUCCAUUUACUGAAAUAGAGAAUUAUGAAACAUCUUCAUAUUAAUAUUUAAGAGAAAGUUCAAAAAGCUAUUAUUUUGAAUUAGUUGAUCCUGUAUUAGUAGGAUUAGAUUAUAUUGGUGAUCCUGUCAUUCUUUUUGUAUCAGAUAAUUCAGAUGUUGAAUCUAAGAAUUCAAUUAUUAAUAUUGUUAAUACUUUAUUUGUUAGUGCUGUAUUGUUAUUUGGAGCAAUAGCAUUUUCAAAUGAUGCUGAUAAUGUUGCAUUGAAACCAAUAGAUAGAAUGAUAGUGAAAGUCAAUUUAAUAGCUAAGAAUCCUUAAUUAGCAAAAGAAAUGAAAUUAGAAUCUGAGGGAACUUAAAAGGAAACCACUUAGAUAGAAAAUGCUAUUAUUAAAAUAGGUGCCUUAUUAGCAUUAGGAUUUGGUGAUGCAGGUUCUGCUAUUAUAGGAACUAAUAUGGCAUCUUCAGGUGAUGUGGAUCCUAUGUUACCAGGUAAACGUAAAUGGGCUAUUUAUGGAUUUUGUGAUAUCCGUAAUUUUACUGAUGCUACUGAAGUCUUAUAAAAGGAUGUGAUGUUAUUUGUAAAUAAUAUAGCUGAAAUUGUACAUUCAAUGGUGGAUCGUUAUCAAGGAUCAGCUAAUAAAAAUAUUGGAGAUGCAUUUUUAUUAGUUUGGAAAAUCAAUGAUUCUCAAUGGUAUGAAGAUGGAAAUGAAAUCAAAUGGUAACACAGCUUAAUCCUAUUUAAGGUCCAAUUUAGUAUUCAUAAAUUAAUUAGCUGAUUGUGCUCUAAUUGCAUUCAUGAAGAUAUAUGCAAAGAUUAAUAGAGAACCUAAAAUAUUAGAAUAUAGAAAUGAUGAAAGAUUAAGUUAACGUUUACCAGGAUAUAAAGUUAAAAUGGGAUUUGGAUUACAUAUAGGAUGGGGUAUAGAAGGUGCUAUAGGAUCAGAAUUUAAAAUUGAUGCAUCAUAUUUAAGUCCAAAUGUUAAUAUGGCUUCUCGUUUAGAAGCUGCAACUAAAUAAUAUGGUGUAGCUGUCUUAAUCUCAAGUGAAUUACAACAAUAUUUCUCUAAUGAAGUUAAGAAAUACACAAGAUAGAUUGAUAAAGUUACAGUUAAAGGAAGUGUUAAACCUGUUGGAUUAUACACAGUAGAAAUGGAGGCUGAUGAUCUACCUCCUAGUAAAUAGGAUUACCCUUAAGAAGAGAAAUAAUAAGUGAUGUAUGAGAAAAAACAAAUCUUCCUUUAAUAAUUAGAAUCUGGUGAUUUUAAUGGAGAAUUAUAUAUGAAAAGAAACAAGGAUCUUGCACUUAUAACAAAGAAUGUUAAUUAAGAAUUUUUGGUAAUCAAAAAUAAUAUAUUAUUAUAGCAUUAAUUUGGUUAAGGAUUCUAAGGUUAUUUAUUAGGAAAUUGGAAAGAAGCUCAUAUGUGGUUAGAAAAAGCAAAAUAAAUUAAACCUAAUGAUGGACCUAUCAGUACUCUAUUUAAUGUAAUGGGUGAAACUAAUUUCAAAGCUCCUUCAGAUUGGAAAGGAUAUAGAGAAUUAACAGAAAAAUGA